AUGGCCGCCUCACCAUCCAACAGCGAGCUCGAUGGCAGCUCGACCUACAACUUUUGUUUCGACUCGCUCGUAACCCCAGAGGCGUCCACGGAUGUCAUGUACGAGCAACACAUCAGUCCGCUUGUCACUGCUGCUGUCCAAGGGUACAAUGGCACCGUAUUCGCAUAUGGACAGACGGGUAGUGGAAAGACGCACACCAUGAGCGGGUCGAAAGAAGAGCCUGGUGUGAUCAGCAGAGCGGUUGAUGAAGUGUGGAGAGGCGUGGAAAGCGACGAUUCGCGAGAAUUCCUGUUGCGCGUGUCCUACCUCGAGAUAUACAAUGAGACGCUGCGGGAUCUCCUGGCGCCCUUGCCAGCUAGAGUCAAGAGCGGCUCGCUUCAGGAUGGCGGCGAUGAUACUCGUCCAGCUUCGCCCACCAAAGCAUUGCGCAUCAUCGAAGGGCCCAGCAGGGUGCAGGUGGUGGGUCUGCGGGAGGACAUUGUGACAUCGCCCGAGGACGUGCUGUCGCUGCUCGAAGCUGGACAGAGACACCGACACCAAGCAGCAACGGACUGGAAUGAACGCAGCAGCCGGUCCCACUGCGUCUUUACCAUCACAAUCGAGAGUCGCGAUAAGCAAGUGCAUGGCAGCGAAGUGCGCAUCAGCCAGCUCAACCUCAUUGAUCUAGCGGGCAGCGAGCGCGCUGCAUCGUCUCAGGACAGACGCAAGGAGGGAGCCUUCAUCAACAAGUCUCUCCUCACUCUGGGCACCGUCAUUGCCAAACUGUCCGAAGCUUCCGCUUCUCAGCAUAUUCCGUACCGCGACUCGAAACUGACUAGGCUUCUGCAGAACUCGCUUGGAGGGAACGCUAGAGUGGCCGUCGUCUGUACGCUCAGCCCGCUAAAAGAGCACGCAGUGGAAAGCUUGAGCACCCUCAAAUUUGGACGCAGAUGCAAGAUGGUCACCACUCGCGCA